AUGUGGAGACAGAAUUGGACAUCCGUGAAUGAAUUCAUUCUUCUUGGCUUCACCACUCACCCCACAUUGCAGCACGUCCUCUUGGUGCUCUGCCUGGCUAUAACUCUGGCUACCAUGUUUGGGAACAGCCUCAUCAUCUACUUGGUGUGGGUUGACUCACGCCUACACACAGCCAUGUACUUUUUCAUUGGUAACCUCUCUUUUCUGGACAUGCUCUUCACAAUGAUUACUGUCCCUCAGAUGCUUGUCCACCUGGCCUCUGGGAUAAAUACCAUUACCUUCAACAGAUGCAUGGCCCAACUCAACCUGACUCUGUCCUGUGGGAUGACUGAGUGCUUCAUCCUGGCUCUCAUGGCAUAUGAUCGCUACGUGGCCAUAUGUCAACCACUGCGGUACCCAACCAUCAUGAGGAUGCAAGUGUGUAUCCAGAUGGCAGGAGCCUGUUGGCUAGGAGGCUUCUUCAAUGCUGCAACACUUACAGUUGUAACCAUAAAUUUUCCCUUCUGUGGGCCCAACCAAAUCAACCAUUUCUUUUGCGAGGAGCCUGCUGUUUUGCAGCUGGCUUGCAUGGACACCUAUAUAGUAAAAGUCCUUAUAUUUGGCCUGAGUGUCAUUGUGCUCAUGUUGCCUUUCACUUUUAUAGUGAUCUCCUACAUCCACAUUGCCAAGGUGGUGCUCAGCAUGCACUCAGCAAGCGGACGGCAACGAGCUUUCUCCACCUGUGCUACCCACCUCACUGUUGUCACAUUGUUCUACAGCACCAUUGGCUUCACAUACUUGCAGCCCCAGUCCAGCCGUGUGGCUGACCAGGAAAAGAGAGCCUCAGUUUUCUAUGCUCUGGUCUCCCCCAUGCUGAACCCUAUCAUUUAUAGUCUGAGAAAUAAGGACGUUAAGGGAGCUUUGGCCAAAGCAAUGGGGAAAGUCAGCUGA